AUGGAAGGUGGUGGAAGGUGUGCGUGUUUGCUCCAGCAGGGACCUGGUGUAGCACAAGGCCUCGCUACACAAUUUUCGCGGUUUUUAAAUCGCCUCGUAUCCCCGGCGAUUUCAUUCCUUUCUUCAUCUCUUCUCUCCUCACUCCGACCGAUCGUCAUCGACUCCUGCGAAGGCUCCAGCCAUUGGUCCGUUGAAGGCUCAGGUGUGGUGGUCUCGGAGCCCGAGGAAUAUGCUGUGUUGCACUCGGCGUCUGCCGGACACAUCGUCGUCGCCCUCGGUGGUGCAAUUCGACCAUGGCACAUAGGCUUCUUGUACAGCCGGUCCCAAUGCGUUAUAUCCACGAUUAGAGGGUGUAAUAUUUCGGCAUGGAAGCAGGUCACCUUCGGAAUGGUGGUCGCGGAGGCAGCUCUCGAGUGGAGGUUCGACAUGAGCCCGAGGUUCAACGAACAUAGACGAAGAAGUCCGGUGAAGGGCUCACAUCUGCUGCAGAUCACGUUGGCCAGAGCCGUCAACACAACCGAGGCCGGCAUCCUGGGACAACCUCCGUCUCUUACAGAUAAGAAGGCCUCUGGAAUGGAUCAGUUCGAGGUGCAUCGUCUCGACUCAGAAUGCAUUCGCGGACGCACGGUCUGUUGA